UGCCACAGCGAUGGUGACAGUGACGUUUGACCUUUAGACCACGGGGACAGGGCCCUGCUGGCAUCCUCCAGCCUGCUGUAAUUCGAAGGUGGGGCUGGGGCGAUUAGCGAGCUCUGAGCACAUCACGUGAGCCUGGGCCAUACCUGCCCUAAGGGCAGCGCACCCCCGGGUGUCUCCGGUUUUCCUGCUUCCUGCACCCGUGGACAGUGCCCGGGGCAACUGACUCUGGUGGGGACUCGGGGACCUUCGUCCUGGGCCCAGGGCUGAGGCUGCUUGGAAAGCUCUUGGCCACACCACCUUGCGGCCAAAAGGCCGCAAAGUCUCCUCCGGGGAGGUAAGACCAACCACCCCGCCCAACCCCCAGUUGCAUUAGAUGUGAUCAGUGGGGGCUCACGGCCCCUGCUCCCUGGUCUAUGGACCUUGCCCCCCUCCUCCCCCCCCGCAGGGCAGUGAGGCUGGAAUCUGGAGGUUUGGAGGGGCUGCUGAGCAGGAAAGUCGGGGAGAGAACACCAGUGUUUACAGUCCCCAAAACAGCCCGGCGGGGGGUCAGGCACUAGGGAAUGUGCCCAUCAGCUUUGGGGCUGGCCCCUCCCCGGGUUCAGCUACUACAGAGACAAGACCCUUUGCUCCUCCCCCCCCCAGGGGCCGGGGGCCGUUCUCUGCCGCAGAGGCCAGUCCCCGAGCCAGGGCGCCCAGAGGUGGCACCAAGGGCAAGGAUGCCCGUGCAGAGCAUCCACUGCCUGAUGCCUGCGGCCCUGCGCCUGCCACCUGGGGUGCCAGAGCCUCUGAGCUGCCAGCGGCGCCACACGCUCCCGGCCAGCGAGUUUCGCUGCCUCACCCCUCAGGAUGCUGUCAGUGUGUUUGAGAUUGAGCGUGAAGCCUUUAUCUCCGUCUCGGGGGACUGCCCCCUGCGUCUCCACGAGAUCCAGCACUUCCUGACCCUGUGUCCAGAGCUCUCCCUGGGCUGGUUCCAGGAGGGCCGCCUCGUGGCCUUCAUCAUUGGCUCGCUCUGGGAUGAGGAGAGGCUCACACAGGAGUCGCUGACGCUGCACAGGCCCGGGGGCCACACGGCCCACCUGCACGUGCUGGCGGUGCACCGCACCUUCCGGCAGCAGGGCAAGGGCUCCAUCCUGCUGUGGCGCUACCUGUGCCACCUGGGCGGCCUGCCGGCGGUGCGCCGGGCCGUGCUCAUGUGCGAGGACCCCCUGGUGCCCUUCUACGAGAGGUUUGGCUUCCGCCCUGUGGGCCCCUGUGCGGUCACCGUGGGCCUGCUGACCUUCACGGAGCUCGAGUGCUCCCUGCAGGGCCAGGCCGCCUCGAGGAGGAACAGCUGCUGAGCUGGCUGCCCAGGGCCCUGCGGGGGACGGGGGAGGCGGCGGGCGGUGGGGGGGCUCUGCUCCAGCCUUGGCCCCUGCUGGCUG